UUGGUUUUUGGUUUUUUUUUUUUUUUAUUGUUUUCCGUGUUCGACGCACUCCGCGGCCGCUCGACCGCCAUUGCCAUCGUCGCUUGUGUUUUGGAAAUCAAAAUAAUCGUCGGUUUUCGGGUUUUUCCUUACCGUUCGCUCCGCGGUCCACUCCGCAGACCGAAUCUGGACGGCUACCGUGCACCUGCCUACCGCUUGGUACCGAUUAUUUCCGUGGUAAAUGUUGUAACCGCGUUCGGAUUCUCUCUGCCGUUCCUCUCGUCCGAGUUAUCAAAUACACGAGUGAAGUGCUUUUUACGUGAAACAUAAUAUUUUAUUUUCGUUCAUACCUACGGUCUGAAUUUGUUUUAUUUUUUUUUUCUUCCGAUCGUCCAUAUCGUUUCAUUUAUAUGUUUUGCGAUUUCUGCCGGCCGUUAACAGUCCUAGGAACGCCUAGGACGUCGUAUUAAAUAUUAGUGCGAAACAUGGAAGCUACUUAUUGCAUUGGAAACGACGUUGACGUAUGCCGAAUGUUCGACCAAUAUUUAUAUAAGAGAACCGACAACCUGGACUUAUCUCUUUCGGUAGCCCACAACAUGCAUAACAACAACAACAACAAUCACUACUCAAGCAUGGCCGAACACACUUUUCACGCCCCCAGUUUUGGUGACGAGGGUUUUGAUAUCCCAUCGAUGGGCAAUCAAGGUAAUAACGCGAAUAACUCUUCAAGUUGUAACAACGUGUCAAGCCCGGCCAACAGCUCGGCCGAUUCCAUAAUAACUUCACACACGCAGCCGCAACCGCCGUCAUUGGCUUAUCAACACAGUCAGCAGAUGAUGAAUCACCAUCAUCCGCAAGACACAAGCAUGCAGGGGAUGAACUCGCACAACUCACACCAUUCGCACCAGUCGGCUUACCAACAGCCGCUCUACUUGACGGGCCACGAACACGGUCUAGGACUGAACGUUAGUUCUAGUUACUCUCAACCAAGUUACACUCCACUGAACAACACUAACACCCCGAACGGUGCGCAAAACGGCAUGAUGUACCAUCGGCAUCACCAAGCAUCCAAUCAACAGCAGCAGCAACAGCAACAACAGCAACAACAACAACAACAACAACAACAGCAGCAACAACAACAGCAACAGCAGCAGCAACAACAACAGCAGCAGCAGCAGCAACAACAACAACAGCAGCAGCAGCAGCAGCAGCAACAGCAGCAACAACAGCAGCAACAGCAUCAUCAUCAGCAACAACACCCACCCACCCAUAUGGCGCAACCCACUCACCUACCCGCCCACCACUAUACCAACAUGGGGCCGCCGGCGACCAGUCCGCUAACCCCUUCGCUGGACAUACACCGGCACUCCAACCCUACGCCUACCCCGGAAGGCAUAAACACCACCAGCGACGACAGCGACGACAGCACACCGCAUCAGACGAUGCUCGCAAUAAAGAGGGAAAGGCUAUCUCCAGAGCCGCUGGACGGUUGCGGAAUUAUGAAAAUGCAACAAAAGAAGCCGAAACCGACCAAAAAGAAAAAGAAAAGGGAUCCCAACGAACCGCAAAAACCGGUAUCUGCUUACGCACUUUUCUUCCGGGACACACAGGCUGCAAUCAAAGGCAAAAAUCCUAACGCCAGUUUCGGCGAAGUUUCCAAAAUUGUGGCGUCCAUGUGGGACUCGUUGGACGCGGAUCACAAAAAUGUGUACAAGAAAAAAACUGAAGCGGCCAAAAAGGAUUAUUUAAAGGCUUUGGCAGCAUACAGAGCGAGUCUAGUAUCUAAGGGCGGUGAACCGGAUUCCAGUAUGUACGCCGGUGGUUACGUGGGCAGUUACGGUGGCGUAUACAACGGAUACUCGCCCCCAGCCGGCCUACCGUCGCCACCCAUGUCCGUACCGUCGCCGCAUUCGCAAGUACAUGGUCAAGUCAAGAAGUCCGCCAUGAUGAUGGACAAUCGGGUUCCAGUUAUGAACAGUCACCCACAAAACCACAACCAGUCGCAACAGACGGCCGGUCUGAUUGGCAGCCACAACCAAGGCGCGCCCGUGCUGAACCAUUUGUCGCAGCAUCCUCAAGGCGGACUACCCCCGUCGCCGCAGCAGUCGCAGCCCCCGACGCCACCGGCCAACGUCUCAUCAUAUUGGCCGUGGUGUUUCAACCCGACGCAAAACAGCCAUUAGCCGGUGUCUUGCAGACACUAGCUCAGAAGCAGUUGGUCGACGCGCGUGCGGCACAUAAAACAACGACCACGUGACCGAUCAAAUGUCGCCGAGUGAAACGACGAGGACUGCGGUUUCGAAAAUUGACACCGAUACUGCAAGAAUAUUGUAAACGCUCGGUUAGCCCAUAGCGUGUGCGUCAAUGUCAAUAUAUACAAACUUCCCAUGCCACGAACCUCAUUAUCUCGUCUUCUCUCAUCAUCUUGAAAUACAGAAUAAAUAGACCCGAAGACCACUGCGUGUCCCGUGUACUAUACGAUUAUUAUUAUUAUUAUUAUUAUUAUUAUUAUUAUUAUUAUUAUUAAUUAUUAUUAAUAUAAUAUAUUA